GUGGAGAGCGUUUACUGACAGUCUCACACACACACUCACGGGAUUUGGAGCGCGGAUCAAAGUGUGGCGUGUGCGUCAGUGCGCGCGGAUACAAGAGAAACCGUUUUUUUCACAGCGAGGAUUUUACCCGAGGAAAAACCUUCUCUUCUUCUUCUUCUUCUCUGGUCGGAUGAUUCAUGAGCUCUGAUGCUGCCUCCGGAUCAUGAAAGAAACGCUCACCAUGAAGUUCGCCUGGAAAACUAAAAUGAGCUCAGUGCAGGACUGGGGGGAGGAAGUCGAGGAAGGAGCCAUCUACAACGUGACACUGAAGAGGGUUCAGAUUCAACAGGCAGCUAACAAGGGAGCAAGAUGGCUGGGGGCGGAGGGCGAUCGGCUCCCUCCCGGCCACACGGUGAGCCAGCUGGAGACCUGCAAAAUCCGCAGCAUCCGUGCGGGGACGCUGGAGAGACUGGUGGAGACGCUGUUGACGGCGUACGGAGACAACGACCUCACCUACACCUCCAUCUUCCUGUCCACGUACAGAGCGUUCACCUGCACGCAGACCGUCCUGCAGCUGCUGCUCGACAGUUAUGGAUGCAUGGAGGAAAAUGGACACGACACAGAGAGACGCCAUGGCCCGGAAACAAUCGGAGCCAUCAGAAAUGCCUUGGCCUCUAUCCUGUGUGCCUGGCUGGACCAGUGUCCUGAAGACUUUCAGGAGCCUCCUGACUACCCAUGUCUGCACCGGCUGAUGGACUACCUGCGUAAAGCUCUGCCCGGGUCCGAGGCUCUCAGACGGGCAGAGAAUCUGCUCGAGCAGCUGCAGAGUCAGGCUGGCAUGGAUGACAAUGAUGGUGGUUUCCAUGCCAACAGUUCUUUCUGCCUGGGGGAAGAUGAGGAAGUAGAAUAUGAGGUCCACGAGGACUUCCUGUCUUUCGAUGCCGACCUGGUGGCUGAGCAGCUGACCUACAUGGAUGCGCUGCUGUUUAAAAAGGUUGUUCCUCACCACUGUCUGGGCUCCAUCUGGUCUCAGAGAGACAAGAAGCACAACAAACACUGUGCCUCCACCAUCCGAGCCACCAUCACGCAGUUUAACGCCGUGGCCGCCUGCGUGGUCAGCACGGUGCUCAAACACAAGCAGAUCAGACCGCAUGUCAGAGCGAGGCUCAUCCAGCGCUGGAUAGACAUCGCUCAGGAGUGUCGGAUACGUAAGAACUUCUCGUCCCUGCGAGCGAUCGUGUCGGCGCUGCAGUCGAAUCCCUUGUACAGGCUGAAGAGAGCGUGGGCCUGUGUGCACAAGGACAGCAUGCAGACGUUUGAGGAACUGUCCGACAUCUUCUCAGACCACAACAACUACCUGACCAGCAGAGAGCUUCUCAUGAGGGAAGGCACUUCAAAGUUCGCCAGUCUGGAGAGUUGUGCCAAGGAGCACCAGAAACGCACCCACAAGAGGCUGCAGCUGCAGAGAGAGAUGGGCGGCCUCAUCAACUUUGAGAAGAGGCGCCGGGGUGAGUGGAGCUGCAUGGAGUUUGAGGUGAUCGCUCAGAUCAAGCUGCUCCAGUCGGCCUGUAACAGCUACUGUCUGACUCCAGAGUCGACCUUCCUGCGCUGGUUUAAGCACCAGCUUCAGCUCAGUGAGGAGGAAAGCUACUCUCUGUCCUGUGAGAUCGAAGGUCUCGGCGACAGCAGUCCAACUUCACCCAAACCUCGGAAAAGCAUGGUGAAGAGACUCAGCCUACUGUUCCACGGACCGGACAGCAGCACAGCCACUUCUCCAGUCAGAGAGUUGCCAAGGUCGCCCCCCACUGGCAGCUCAGGGGAGAGCAUGGACUCAGUCAGUGUGUCCUCCAGUGACUCGAGCAGCCCGUCAGACAGCGAAGCACUCACUCCUCUGACUCACACCUCGGACUCCCAGCACAACAAGCUAUCCGAAUCGUCCUCCUGUAAUUCCCUCCACUCCAUGGACACCAGCUCGUCGACGGCCAGCGUCCCCAUGUCCCCUCCACCUCCCUCUCACCCCGGUGCCCCCUGCACCCACAGACGCUCCCUCUCCCUCACCCCCUUGUCCCCCGCGUCCCCGAGUCAAACCCCAGCGUAUAACACCCAGGCCCAGGACGUGUGCAUCAUCAGGGUCAGCCUGGAACACGGCAACGGGAACCUCUACAAGAGCAUACUUUUGACGAGUCAGGACAAAACACGAGCUGUGAUUUCUAGAGCAAUGGCGAAGCACAACCUGGAGGUGGAGCCAGAGGAAGGAUAUGAGCUGGUACAAGUCAUCUCUGAGGAGAGAGAGUUGGUGAUCCCAGACGGCGCCAACGUCUUCUACGCCAUGAACACCUCGGCCAACUUUGACUUCCUGCUGCGCGUGCGAGGCUCGGCCGCUCGGUUGGUGCAGCUGCGGAGCCGCUGCAGCUCCACGCUCCCUCGAGCCCAGCACCGCUCGAGCCUCUCGCUCAGACUCAGCAAAGUCACGCUGUGACACAUGCACCGACACGACCCAGUGGUUUGCCCUCACGCCACUAACCCAGGACAACCCAGGACAACACAGGGCCAAGAAGUGAGCUUCUGACUUUUGAAGGGCUUCACCUUGACUCUUAUUUAGUGUCUUCUCUUGUGAACAGCCUUGACGUAGAGCGCGUGACUGCUGUGCUAGUGGGACUGUGAUUUUCACUCGCGAUGCCUGUGACCCCAAGUGGCCUCCGCUUUUUAACUACAACAGGUUUUUCUUUUUUUUUGUUUGCACAUGUUGUGUGGGAGGAGCCAAACUCCCGACCUCCGACAGUAUUCUGAUAUUAAAACGUCCUGUGAUGUGUG